GUGAGGCGCGAACGUGAUGUUGAAUGGCGACUAAUCCACCGCCACAGCAAAUAACGUGUACGGUGGUUCCCCAUUGUUGCAAGAUCUACGAAUCCGAAAUGUGCGUUCUUCAAGGCCAGUAUCGGACGCCGAGGAUCACAGAGCACCCGUCCGACAUGAUAGUAGCGAAGAACGAACCCGUGACCCUGAAUUGCAAGGCGGAAGGCAAGCCGGAGCCGACAAUUGAGUGGUUCAAAGACGGGGAACCAGUUCGCACCUCUCCCUCAGACUCCAAGUCGCAUCGUGUCCUGCUGCCCGCCGGGUCUCUGUUCUUUCUCAGGGUUAUGCAUGGAAAGAAGGAACAAGAUGGCGGGGUGUACUGGUGCGUCGCCCGAAACCAGGCCGGCCUCGCUACCAGCCGGAACGCCACCCUCCAGGUCGCCGUGUUACGUGAUGAAUUCCGUCCCGUGCCAAAAGAUACGCGCGUUGCAGCAGGAGAGACUGCACUCUUAGAAUGUGGGCCCCCAAAGGGUCACCCAGAGCCCAGCCUGGUCUGGCGCAAAAAUGGCCAGACAAUCGACAUUGAAGCGUCCAAAAGGGUGCGUGUGAUAGAUGGUGGCAAUCUCAUGAUAGCUGACGUGCGGCCAGGGGACGAGGGAAAGUACCAAUGCGUUGCUCAGAACAUGGUCGGUAUGAGAGAGAGCGACCCAGCUACUCUCACUGUGCAUGUGAAGCCAUUCUUCAGCAAGGAACCAUCUGAUGUGACAGUGCUGGAAGGGCAGAGCGUGCAGUUCCAGUGCCGGGUCGGCGGCGACCCCGAUCCCAACAUCUUAUGGCGAAGAGAUGAUGGGAAAAUGCCAAUUGGACGGGCACAGAUCCUGGAUGACAAGUCUCUCCGUAUAGAGCACGUCGAACCAGUCGACGAAGGGCUGUACAUAUGUGAUGCCGAGAAUCUCGUGGGGAGCGUGUCGGCUCGAGCGUCCCUGACCGUGCACUCUCCACCUGUAUUCACAACAAAGCCGCAAGAUCAAAAGGUUGGUCUGAACGGGUUGGCGAGUUUUGAGUGCGUGGCAACGGGCAACCCACCACCAUCUGUGUUCUGGACUAAGGAAGGCAGCCAAGUGCUUAUGUUCCCAGGCAACUCUUAUGGGCACCUCCAUGUCACCCCUGAGGGCGCACUCAAGAUUCAGGGUGUGCAGCGUGAGGAUGCUGGGUUUCUGGUGUGUUCUGCUCUGAGUGUGGCUGGCUCUACCACUUUUUCCCACUUUGCCUAGGUCACAUCAGUGGAUGAUGUUCCACCCCCCAUUGUGCAGAUUGGCCCCGCCAAUCAGACAUUGCCGCUACAGUCAGUAGCUACACUUCCUUGUCAGGCAAUUGGCACACCUCAACCUAGGAUCAAAUGGUACAAGAACGGCUCACCACUCAUCAGCCAGGGUCCUCGUAUCAAGGUCAUGGACUCGGGAACGCUCCAUAUAGAUGGUGAGGAAAAGAGAUGCCAGUAUCACGCAUACCAUGAUUGUGUUAGUAUGGAGGGAGUGAAGCAGUCCAUCUUCAGUCUACCUCACGAUGUUACUGUCAAGUGUUCGAGCGAGUCUGCCACUUGUGAACUUGGUUGUCAGCGUUACCUUUACCUCUGGGUCCUAUUCCAGAUUGGGGACUUGAAACCAGACACUUCAUAUGUCUUUCUGGUCCGUGCUGAGAAUUCACAUGGAGUGUCAGUUCCUAGUCCUGUGUCGAACGUGGUGCGGACUCUGGGAGCCGAUCGGCGAGCAGUACCAAAGUAUGAGUUAGAUGAGGCACGUGCCAGGCUGGGGACAAAGGUAGUGCAGCUGCGGGAUGUUCAGCCAAUCAGCUCAACCUCUGUCAGACUCAUCUGGGAUAUCCUAGUUGGUGAGACAUAUGUCGAGGGCUUCUACAUUCGUUUCCGUGAUGUGUCUGGAGGUUCACAGCAAUACAACAUGGUGACAGUGCUGAACGCUGGCUCCACAAGCUACACUGUGGCCAAUCUGCGAAAAUUCACAAAAUAUGAAUUCUUCCUCGUGCCAUUCUUCAAAUCCAUAGAGGGGCAACCAUCCAAUUCUAAAAAUGUACAGACUGCAGAAGAUGUCCCAUCAGCUCCUCCAGACAAUGUGCAAGUUGGGAUGCUGAAUGCAACAGCUGCUUUUGUUCGCUGGUCUCCGCCCCCACCACAGCACCACAAUGGGAUUCUCUUGGGCUAUAAGAUUCAGAUCAAGGGCAAUGGCAGUAAGAUCCUAGCUCAGAUGACUCUGAAUGCCACAACAACAUCAGUCCUCUUGAAUAACCUCACCACUGGAGGUUCGUACACAGCUCGAGUUGUGGCAUACACUCGUGUUGGCCUGGGGCCAUUCUCUUCCCCAGUGGCUCUUGUUAUGGACCCAUUGCUACUGCAUCAGUACCCUCCCAGGGCUCAUCCCAGUGAAGGUGGCGAUGGCAGCAGUGUUGUGCGUGAGACAUGGUUCCUUCUUUUGAUUGGUGGAACAGUGCUGACCUUAGUCCUGGGAUUUGUUGGCAUGCUGUACUUGCGCAGACGUCAAGCUCUUGGCAAGGAGCUUGGGCACCUUAAUGUUCCUGUAGUGAAUGCAAAUGACAUAUCGCAACUAAACUUAAUGAAUGGGAAGGAGACAUUGUGGAUUGAUAGAGGGUGGCGGCCAGCAAAUGAGGACUCCACGGGUGUCUGUGUAGAAACAAAAUUGCUCAACAACCAAGCAGCAAGCCAUGACCUAAACUCCUCUGCCACAGACUAUGCUGAGGUGGACACAAGGAAUCUUACCACAUUUUAUAGCAACUGCAGACCAAAGGAACCAGAUAUCCCAGCUCCAUAUGCCACUACAACGCUCAUUAAUUCCAUGUCUAGAAGAGACAACAUGGAUAACAGUCAGCUAUUUGUGCCUAUUGCAAUUAGUGGUCCUGGAGGGGGCGAAGCUAAGACGUCAAGCUCAAGCGAUUCCUGUGUUAAACCAGAUCUCUCAAGCCUGGACACGAAUCCUGAACGUGGGAACAAGUCGAGCAGUAGCCCAAGUUCAGAGAUAGGCAGCGUGUAUAUAGUCUGUGUUCCAGAUGACAAUGGUUUGCCUGGGAGACGUUUGCAGCCUGGGCCAAUGGCAGGAUGCCGAAAGUUCUCUGCCCCUUCCCACACCGCCAUCUGUUCUAUGUAUUACGGUAUUGCUAUUCAGAUCAAGGGCAAUGGCAGUAAGAUCCUAGCUCAGAUGACUCUGAAUGCCACAACAACAUCAGUCCUCUUGAAUAACCUCACCACUGGAGGUUCGUACACAGCUCGAGUUGUGGCAUACACUCGUGUUGGCCUGGGGCCAUUCUCUUCCCCAGUGGCUCUUGUUAUGGACCCAUUGCUACUGCAUCAGUACCCUCCCAGGGCUCAUCCCAGUGAAGGUGGCGAUGGCAGCAGUGUUGUGCGUGAGACAUGGUUCCUUCUUUUGAUUGGUGGAACAGUGCUGACCUUAGUCCUGGGAUUUGUUGGCAUGCUGUACUUGCGCAGACGUCAAGCUCUUGGCAAGGAGCUUGGGCACCUUAAUGUUCCUGUAGUGAAUGCAAAUGACAUAUCGCAACUAAACUUAAUGAAUGGGAAGGAGACAUUGUGGAUUGAUAGAGGGUGGCGGCCAGCAAAUGAGGACUCCACGGGUGUCUGUGUAGAAACAAAAUUGCUCAACAACCAAGCAGCAAGCCAUGACCUAAACUCCUCUGCCACAGACUAUGCUGAGGUGGACACAAGGAAUCUUACCACAUUUUAUAGCAACUGCAGACCAAAGGAACCAGAUAUCCCAGCUCCAUAUGCCACUACAACGCUCAUUAAUUCCAUGUCUAGAAGAGACAACAUGGAUAACAGUCAGCUAUUUGUGCCUAUUGCAAUUAGUGGUCCUGGAGGGGGCGAAGCUAAGACGUCAAGCUCAAGCGAUUCCUGUGUUAAACCAGAUCUCUCAAGCCUGGACACGAAUCCUGAACGUGGGAACAAGUCGAGCAGUAGCCCAAGUUCAGAGAUAGGCAGCGUGUAUAUAGUCUGUGUUCCAGAUGACAAUGGUUUGCCUGGGAGACGUUUGCAGCCUGGGCCAAUGGCAGGAUGCCGAAAGUUCUCUGCCCCUUCCCACACCGCUCAGGGCCAGACCACACUGCCUAAUUGGGCCGAGUUUCUACCCCCACCACCUGAGCAUCCCCCGCCUUCUACUGCUGGUAGUGAUACUAAUCCUAGUAGUAGGCUGCUUGUACCGUUACCAAAUUCCAAUCCCAGUCAAGGGAUUACAGGUAACAGAGGAGCUUCUCCUAAUUUUAAUCCCAGUGGUCAGGGGUUCAACCCCAAUAGUCCAUUGCUGGGGAAACGCAGUAGCUGCUCCAGGGAGGGUACCCCUCUGAGCCAUACAGUUCAUUCUGCUGGAGAGGGUGCAGCUGGACCCACACCCCCUCUUCCUCCAGUACGAGGAGGCAGCAGCUGUGGAAGCAGUAAUGGCUAUUCGACUGGUUGGGCACCAGGGGCUGGUGUUAGUGGUGAGGCCGCACUUUACAACAAUUAUGGUGACGGCCGCUAUGCCCUGCUACCACCACAGCAACAUCCUCCCCCGGUACCGAGUUUUCCUCUAGGAUUUGGCAGUGGUGCCAACUCAAAUGGAGGGAGUAGCAAUCACAGUGUACACUCAAACCUGUAUCACCCAUAUACUGCACAGCAACAGCGACAAGGGCAGCAGGGUUGCCAGCAUAACUUUGAUGGCAAUGAGUACCAACAGAACUGUCCAUCACAGUUACAGAUGCCAGGUGAGUUGGCACGUGUAGGUCACAGUGCAAUUGAUCGAGGGAUCCAGUCAUCACUUCCAAGCCUGGCAGGUGAAUCAUUAGCUGCCAGGCUACAUCUGCAAGGAGUGCCCUUGGAUUUGGGUCCAAAUGGCGAAUGGGAUGCUCCUGACUCCAACAGUGACUGUGAACAUCAGUGGCGUAGUCCUGGUGGUGGUACCGGUGGUGGGGAAGGCUCAACAACUGCAGGAUCCUGGGAUGACGAUCAUGCCAGUUGUUCAAGUGGGGAUGCUAGUGACACAUGUUGCUCCUGUAGUGAAUCAAGUUGCCUCUAUGCUGACACAGCGGAAGUGAUGGCACAACACGCACAGCAGAAUUGCUCACACAUGGGAAACAAUCCUCGACAUGUGCGGCGGCCAUAUCACCAACAGAAUAGUGGAAAUAUGUCAGCAAGUUGUGGCCGACCAGUGUCACCUUCCUACAGCACAGACUCAAACUACAGCUGCGCAAGGCCACCUCAUGCCAGGCCUCCUCAUAGAGUGCAGCACCAGAGGGGAGAACCUACCUCCCUCCAUCACACACGUAGAGAUGAUACCCCAGCAUAUGCCAAACCCAACUACCCCACCUCCCAGUCAUCUUGCAACAACACCCUGAGUAACUCAAGCCAGCGCCAUCACACACUAACCGGUAGUGGGAAUGCUUUUGCAAAUGGUGGCGGUUGCACUACGUCAAGCUCCAGUCCAGGUGAAACGAGUGAUGCUCAUACUCUCCACAACAGUGCCACUACCAACACUGCCAACCCAAUGCGAUAAGAAACUCACCUGUUCAUUGGUUUUAUGUGUAUGAUCUUGGUGGUCACAUUGCAUUGGAAUAUUUUGUCGAUAAGUGGCAGGGCAUAACUUAUCCAGCUACCAAAUUGUCACAGUAAGGCCUCUCAUUUUAUAUGUGUUCGCAGUUUGAACGCCCAUAAAUGGUCUUGUAUGAUGCUUCAUUUUGAUAUUGUCAUUUCGUGAUGAUGCUUGUCUUCUGGGUUGUGACUCUGUUUCGGCUUAUAGGUAGAUACCAGUGUUAUGGAGGAACAUACUGUUUCCAUCUUCAGGGUUGAAGUCCACACUGCAUGAAAACCCAGAAGACAAACAUCACCUUCACUGCCAUUAGAACCUCAAAGCUCACAUGCAUAUGACACUUUUUGCAGUCUCUGUUUUAACUCAAUAAGUUGUUGUUUUGAAUAUUAUAAAUAUUGUGAUGUUAUAGCAUGACAACUUAGUGCUGAACCAUCUGAUACACGUGCAUGAACUGGAUGAUAAUGUUAAGUUUUAGCUAGCGAUGAAAAAUGUUGAGGCUGCUUUAUAUCUCAGCUUCAUUGUGUAGUAUUUGAGGUUUUCACGGCGGUGAGUCUGAAGAUUGCUAUCUGCUGGGUUAUUGUGCCAUGUAGUCUGGUAGAAGUUUACUGACGUUUCAGAGGCAGCAAACUUCUACCGGACUACAUGGCGCAACAACCCAGAAGACAGCAGUCUUCAACCUUUUUUACUUGAGUGAGGAAGUUGCCACACUGGAUUGUCCGUCAGCUUAUCGCUCCCAAUCACUCUUACUCUGCAGGAGCCCUGCCCUUGUGGUUCAGCACUAAGUUUUGGCACUAUGCAUUGUGCCAUUGUUUUCAUGUUUAAGUGAGAUAAAUGCUGCUCUUUCUAAUACUGUUACAUGUUAUUUUUGUCAUCUGAAAGAUACAUCAAAUGUAAAUACAGUUAUGGCUGUACCCAAAUUAUAUGGAUUUUUUAAGGAGUAAUAUAAUUUCGUAGAAUGAUUUUUUAAUAGACUUCGAUAAGAAUUUGUGUUUUAUAAUUUAUUUUAUUUUUUGUACAAGAACUGCCAUGCUAAAGGCUUGAUGAACCAUUAGUAAUAUGUCACAUAGAGAGGUGACCGUUUACAAGUGUUGUUAGAAUUACAGGAAACAGUUGCAGUUACAUAGCUGAGAGUUAGGUAUCUGGCAAGUGUCCAAAUUCCACUUACACAGUCCUUUUAUUGCCACAUUGAGAGUAUUGAAUUACCAUUACAAACCAUGAAUACAUAUAAGUGUAAAUACUAUUAGUUACAUUCACUUUGUGGGCUCAGCAGAGACAUGUGGACGCUUGUAUUUUUAAAUCACUUUCUGGGAUGAUAAUGUGUGACACUGAAAAAUGGGCUACGUGAAUUACUGAGAUGAGAUUAGUAUGGGAAUGAGUAUGUGUUUUAUGAGGUCAUAAAAAUAACAUUUUACGGAUAACAGAGCUGUGGAUGAAAAUAUCAAAAGAAUGAGCUCUGGUAGAAUUUCUUCCAUAUUUGGAAAAAUAUCAAAAGAAAGAAGGAAAACAUGGUGAAAAGUCUCCUGACAAGAUAUAUUGUUAUGUUUUGUAAUGCCAUUAGGAGUUCAAUGAAUGAAACAAUGUUAAAAUUCAGUGCCAUUUGCUGGAGGCAUCUUAGAUUUGUUUGUAUGUAGGAAUUUAGAUUCUCACAGGGAUGGUAAAUUUCUACGACACUACGUCGCACCACAACCCAGAAGACACUUAUCUUUUUUUUAUGUGUUGCAUUCAAACCCAUAUCAGAUGUUGCAUCCUACGCUGUUUAAACAUUCUUCACAAGAUCUUGACACUGAACUUAUAACUUUCUAUAAUAUGCUGGUUGUUUGUGGUGGGGGGGUUAGACCAACUGACAACCAGGCCUACCCAUUGUCAGCUGCGUAUGACUGCUUAUCCAACAUAUUCAGGACUAGCCUUCAUAUCCAGUGGACUUCUUCAUCUGCAUUGUAAGGCUGCACCAUCUGAUAGUGACAAAGACCGACUUAACAUGGAGUCAGAGAGAAGCAACAAAAGAAAGAAAACUAUUUUUUAGCUAUGAGUUCAAUUUUGAGAAGGUUUGAGAGAUACAGAAACAUAUUUUGCAUACUAUCCCAAUGUUUGUCAGAUUUCUAAUUGCAUACUGCUCCAGUGGAUAAACUGUCAAUCUUUCAUCUAUUUCAAUGAUGAUAUCAGUGUCUCAGAGCAUGUGAGAUGUGUUACAAGGAUGUUGCUUAACACAAAGUUGCUACUUUCCAUUGACUUGGUUCUUGAGGUGUUCAUCUAACUUGGCUCCUGCAUUGGGAGGAAACUGUUCCAUAAUUCAGAGCAAAUUUUAGCAAUAUGAUAGUAAAAUGAGAUCAUUGUAUACUUUCACCAGAGGGUCUUUCAGUGCUAGUUUAUACCCAUGGGUCAAGUAAUCUUGCCUAAGGAAACACACACAGAAAUUUUGGAUUAGGUGAACAAACCAUUCUAUCAGAUAUUUAUGAAAAUUAAUACUUAUUUUGAUUCCUCAAACAUUCUAAUGUGUUUAAGGUUUUACAUGAAUUGUACGAAACCGUUGGACAAAAGACAGUUAAGAUAUUGAGGGCGAUCAUUAGCGCUCGGGGGGUGGGGUGUAUACUUGUUUAAACAGCACCUGCCGUCAUUAAUAGUGGAUAUUUUAAUUGAAAUUAUGUGCUUUGUGGAAAUAUUUCCCAAAAAUUGUCAUCAGGUUUAGAUGAGAUUCUACCCAUAUUAUCCCACCCUUGAUAUUACCAGUUGAGGAAGUUAAAUAGGAUGCCAUCUUUCAUCAUUUUACAGCUCUUCAGCCUAUUAAAAUGAUCCUUUUAGCAUUGUUUGGCCGUAUAUCUUCAGUCGGCUUGUUUUUUCAAUGGAGUGGUGCCUCCGUUUAUUUGUUACCUUUGUGGUAUCUUUUAAUUAAUUUAUAUUGGUGGAAAGCCUUAACUGUGGUAAAUAUCAAACAUACUGAGAGCAGAAGAGGUUAUUAUACACAUUUGUGGUAUACAGACAGGUAUGAGUAAAUUGGCACAGUGGUAACAUAUAUGACUCCUCGAGGUACCUGCUAUAAGUCCUGGACAGAAAUCAGCUCUCUUGGCAGAUUUCAUAAUAUUUUCAUUAUUGUCCAUGAAAGUAUGAGGCCAUUACUACUUUUUUCAAUAUUCCUCUGACUUCAUAAUUUAGAAUUGUCCUGUUACGUGGCAUUUUACACAAUAGAACCUUGGAAGUUGUUAUAGCAGUGUUACAUAAUCAACUGAAGCAGGGUAUUGCCUCAUAAUGGCGAAGAACAGCCAAGUAAUGCAGGUUUUCACCAUUUUAUUUCUGCCCUCACCCCCACGACAGCCACACCCAGUGGUGCUAGACAAAUGAUACGAUUUUAAUAAAGGCCAUUACAUCCCCUCCAUAUUUACUUUAGUUUCAUUAUCCUAAAUCUUUCAUUCACUACUUAAUUUCGGUAGAUGGCUGUCUUCUUCAGAAAACCUCAAAUCCUACAUAAUUUCAGUGCUUUCAUUGUCAUUAGAUAUACAUGAAGACCUGCAACUAAUAGAAUUUGUUCAUGCAUAUUUCAACAGUUGUAAAUUUUCUUGUUAUCUCCCACAGACAAAAUGUUGUCAUAGUGGCUCAUAUAGUUUCAGUUGAUUGGCUUGUGUUAUCCAGUGACCAUAAGGCUACUUUAACAGACCCAGUUUGUUUAGGCACUUCCCUAAAUUUCACCCAAGGUUAGAAAUAUAUUGUUUCUGAUAUGUUGUGAUCUAAAGGUUGGACAGAAUGACAGCAUCCCAUUAUUACAACAGUGACUCAUAAUUUCUGAAUAGUUUGUCACCUGUGGCUGGCCAAUUAAUGAAUUUAUUUAGUGUAACAUGGAACGUGUGUGGGAAAGUGAUGUAUAGAUACUGGAAAAUGGCUGUUAUGUUCAUUUUUCUGAUUUAGGCACGACCAAUGUGUCAUAACACACAACAGCCUCAAUCGCCUGUCAAAAUGCCAAUAACGUUUGAGAAGCAUUUGUAAGUAAAUGUAUACUACAUUCAGUCCUGGAUUUCUUUAACAUUAUUAUCCUGUGUGUAUAUUUCACACUCUGGUAUAUACUAAUUGUUCCAUGGAACUGGAUCUGUGCCAUAUGAAUUAAUUGAAGUCUGUCCUAAGUGGGGCUUCACUUCAAAGGUUUCCUAUUGCUUUGUAAGAUCAGAUGCUUCACUUGUUUUAAGGGCAUAGUGAAUUGGUCCAGUGUCAUGGUAAUACUCUUACUCGGUGUCCUACGUGAGCGAUUAAAUGCGAGCGGUGCGAGUUGCGUGGGUGAAGCGGAAAUAUCAAACUGGCUGUUUGUGUGGCGCUGACCUAGGUUACAGCGAAGAGGUCAGGAGAGGGAAGCGGCCAAAGUCUGAGAUCAAAUAUUUUGAUAUUUUCACGCGAGUCGCUGUGCUGGCCAGUAAGGUGCAUGCGCAGGAAGGCUGUGUGCUUCUAUUGGGGUGUCUCACGCAGGACACAACAAGCGAUUCCCCGCUUCAUAUGACACCCCAUGCUGCUUAUGGAGCUCGGGUAGCUCGCUUGUUAUCGCUUACAUAGGACAUUGCCUUAAGGACACCUCAGAUUUUAAACUGAAGUUAUUUUGUUUCAUCUUCAUCGUGAUCUCAUCUCACUCCCUAAAUAUUAUAUUUAAACUCAGAGUGGUUAUUCUGCUGUUGGUGAAAUUUUAUAUUUUAGAAGUUCUUGCUAAUGUUGAAACAAACUUAAUAUUGUUUGGGAUUUCAGGUUCCCAUGGUGGCAAGUGUGAAGUUGACUAUCUACUGGGAUGAUGCACCAUGUAGUCUGAUAGCAGUUUACCAAUAUUUUAGAGGUGCUUGAUGCCUCCAUCAUGAGGGCAUGUGUUGAUCUCCAAGCCUUUGAUGACCACACCCCUCUCAACUUGAGCCUGUCUUUUAUAGAAUGAGUUAUUGAUGUGGCAAGUAGAGGCCAAGCGAGAAGUGUCGGCACUUGCACAAAGGACUGAUUUUUGUCGUAUGAGAUGGACCUGUCCGAAGCAAGCGCUAGAGGGGAGUCAGCUUCAGUUGGUUUGUGGCUCUAGCCAUGUUUAGAUCUGUGUGUCACCGCAGCUGAGGCUGUGUGACCCUCACUACUACUGAACUCCCCUCUUCUCAGCUUACACAUCACGCAUUUAGGUGCCACUACUACUCGCAUGACCUCUACUCUGAGAGGCCCAAGGAUGAACUUAGGUAUCUCCAUUAUACAUUAUUAAGUCUAAAUAUAAUGAAACAUACGAAGAAAUAAAUAAUGGUAUAUAUUGAAGAUGCUGAUGUAAUGAUGUGUCCUAUUGACUUGAUGGUGGAGGCAGCAAGCACCUCUGAAGUGUCACUGAUCUUCUGCCAGACUGCAUGGCACUGCAUUUCAGAAGACAGUCAUCUUUAAAUUGAAUAUUGCUUUAAAUUGCGCAACAUGUUUGCAGAAUCAGUAUAUUUGCUAACUGCAGACGGUUUCUUCAGCCUCAGACUUCAAGCAUCCACUGUUUUUAAUUUGUGUAUAUGGGAAAGUUAUUAAAUUUCCCACUUAAGAGAUCCAUGACUGCUUCCAAAUUGCCAUUACGUUGUGUGAAGUAUGUAUUUUGUGUUACUUUUUAAUAUUUUUUUGUCUAAUUUGUUUUAAAUAUGCAGUUGUAUUGGGCUUUGAUGAGUGUUAAGACAUUAGCGAUUUAACUAUUCAUGAAAUUUCCCUUUUGGCCUUUAUGUUGCCAACCAGUGUCCUUCGGGGCAUAAAUUCUGCAGUUAGCAAGAUACUGCUGUAUAUAUGGGUACAGCUCUACAUGCAUAGUAUUUAAAUACAAACAGAAUAGGUUGAGAGAUAUCUCAGAAAAGAAGUUGCAGCCUCUAAUAAGACGAAUAUUUUGUAUUUUCCUUUUCCUUCACGUUUUCAAGGUAAUUAAAGUUAACUCCAUGUAGAUAUGUAUACAAAGCAUGUAUUAUUCCAUGCUAACUUCAGUUUUGGAUGAUGUUGAAGAGUGAAGAAGACUGUAAUAGAAAAGUUGUAAUGUAAAGUGUAAAUCAAAAACAUUGUUUAUUAGUAUCCAUGCAAAUUAUCAUUGUAUAUAGUGUCUGGUUAAUUAAUUAUAUGGUAUGUGAAGGGUAGAUAUCUGGAAGAUUGUGGUAGAUUGGAGUUCCAGAAUUUUUGGGAAAAAGUUCCAUGUACCAGGAUUUGCCCAUCUUCCAGAACCAGUUUGGUCAUAAUGGUUUGUUAAUAUUUAUUGUACAGGAAUAUGGAAUUUAAAUCCCCAUAUUGUAGGGCUGUCAGUUCUGGUGUUUAAUGGUAUUCUACUGCGAUGUACUGUCAGCUGGACCAUGGCAAAUAAAGGUUUAACAUCUA